AUGGGUAGAGCAACUAUAAAAUCAGGCACAAUAAACUUGUUGAAUACUAUAGUGGGAGCCGGGAUCCUUGCCAUGCCAUUUGGGCUCAAGGCUAACGGUCUACUCUUUGGAUGUAUCCUUAUCGUAUGGUCGAGUUUAACAUCAGCAUUUGGAUUAUAUUUACAAAAUAAAGUGGCCAAGUAUACCGAUCAAAGAGGAGCAGUUUCAUACUUCAGUUUGGCUCAGUUGACAUACCCGAAAUUAUCAAUUGUAUUUGAUUCAGCCAUAUCCAUUAAAUGUUUUGGUGUUGGUGUUUCAUAUCUUGUGGUUAUCGGAGAUUUAAUGCCGAAAAUCAUGGAAUCAGCUAAAGUGAAACCCGAAUCGAUCUUAAUGGCGAGAAAUUUCUGGAUUUCCGUGUUUAUGGUGAUUAUUGUUCCUUUGUCGUACCUUAAGAAACUUGACAGUUUAAAGUAUGCCUCGUUUCUUGCCUUGUUUUCCGUGGUUUACUUGAUUUGUUUAGUGUUGGAACAUUACUUUGUGCGUGAUGUUGACGUACCGGGAAAGCACAUCGAUUACUUUGGUCCAAUUUCCUUGACUUCCACAUUAUCAUCAUUCCCCAUUUUUGUGUUUGCAUACACCUGUCAUCAGAAUAUGUUUGCCAUUAUCAACGAAUUGAAACCUUGCGAAAAGGACGGAUCUCAAACAAGACAAUCCAACAUCAUUAUCAGAAAUUCGAUUUGUACUGCAUUAGUAUCAUAUUUGAUUGUGGGGAUAUUCGGGUACCUCACAUUUGGAAAUACCGUGAAUGGGAACAUUAUCACAUUGUACCCUAAAAGCUCCAUUUCGUCCUUGAUUGGAAGAUUAUGUAUUGUUCUUAUGGUUAGUUUAUCAUUCCCAUUGCAGUGUCACCCAUGUAGAGGAUCCAUGAAUCAUGUAUACCAUUUCAUCACCCAAGGUGUGGCCGAGUACAAGGUAAGAAAAGCCGAUCGACAAAAUGAACGUGAGGGAUACACUACCCUUACAUCAGACAUUGAAUCAAUGAAUGAUUCUGAAUCAGCUCAAAAUGAAUCGUUUGUGUCAACUACGCCCAUGGAAGGUGCUCAAGAUACUGACGGACACGAUCCAAUAAUUGUCCCACUCACAUCGAAAAGAUUCUAUAUAAUAACUACUAUAAUUGUGAUGUUGUCAUAUUUGGUGGCCAUUACAGUAACGUCAUUAGCCCAUGUUCUUGCAUUUGUUGGAUCUACCGGUUCAACUUCCAUUUCAUUCAUCCUUCCCGGUUUAUUUGGGUUCUUGUUGAUUAAACCAUUGGGAGAUGCUACUAAAUUGGAUACAUUGGAGAAGUUUUGUAAAUAUGGUGGGUUGGCGUUGAGUAUUUGGGGUGUAUUGGUUAUGUUUGUAUGUUUGGGAGCUACGAUAUUCCUCGGGGCCACUCAUUAA